AUUUUUGGAAGUAACAACCAGAACCCUGAGCCAGGAAUGGGCUGCAGAGGCAGCAAAAUGUGUUGUUUUAGGACAAGAAAAAAGAGAGGCUCUAAAGAUAAACCUGAACAGAUUUCCCAGGAGCUGACCACUGUGAACAAAGAAUAUGGUGUUGUGCAUCUGGAGUCGGAAGGUUUGGCCUUGCUGGAGAGGCAUCAGGAGGAACUGAAGAAGAUUCAGGAAAAGCAUGCUGAGGAAAAGGAGAAACUUCAGCUUUCACAUGAGGAGGAACUUAACAGGCUGUCAGAUGAAAUAAGAGCCCAGGUGGAAGAAGAAAAAAUCCUGGAACUCAAAAACCACCUGUCCGAACAAGCUCAGCAUUUAAAGAAAGAGCAUGAAGUAAAAGAAACUGAGCUACAGAAAGCAUAUACUGAAGAGAAAACAGCCUUAAUAGACUCAUUUGAAGAAACCAAAGCAUCUCUCCAGGAAAAGAUAGAAGAUUUAACUUCUCAGCUAAAUGCAUUCAAAACAAAAAUAAAAAAAGUUGAAGAAUCAAUACUGAGCAAAGAAUACAAGAAAAAUAUUAAGGAUUAUGGAAGUCCAAGCCCAUUUUGGGAACAAGAGUUGGAGAGCCUGCACUUUGUGAUUGAAAUGAGGAGUGAGAAAAUACAUGAACUGAAUAAAAAGCUCUUUCAGAUGGAGACGCUGGUUGAGAAAAAUCUUCUUCUAGAAGAAAAAUUAACAGCUCUUCAACAAGAAAAUGAAGACCAAAGAGUUCAAAUAAAAAACUACCAGGCCAUCACAAGGGAAUUUUCUGUUAAGCUCACAGGUCUACAGGAGGCCUUGGAAAAAGAAAUACAACAGAAGCAACAGUUUCAAAGAGAAAAAGAAGAACUUCUUUACCGUCUUUUGAACAGGAACUCACCUCCAUCUUUGCAAAGACCUGCCUCAACGCAUUCUGUAGUCACACCAGAGCUGUCUCCUGUAGCAACAUAACAAAUCCAGUCCACAAUUGCUCUCCAUAGCUUUACUGGGUUGUGACAGGACAUGAGCAAUGAGAACAGAAAGACAGGACCACAUAAUACUGUAUCAGUGUGGAAGAUAUGCUUUUGACUUUGUUUUAUAUUUCAAGCAGUUUCCCUGGAAUUAGCCUAUAAAGCACGGUUCACAGAACUUUAUUUUCUAAAGAUUUUGAAGUUUCUUUGGUCAAAACAACUGUUACUAGAGCCAUGCUCUACAGUUUUACAUGUUUUUUUUUUUUUUUUUGCACUGUCAUGUUGUUUGGUCUAAGCUAACAUUUGGAAUCCUCACCCUUGUUCACGAUACAGUUUCAUCUGCAUAUAUAAUAUAUAUUUAUUCUUCUAAAAGAUAUAACAUACAGGCAAGUAUUUUUUUUUUGAAAACUGGUAGCGUUGACUGUAAAUAUUUAAAAUUAGUUAUUGGGAUUGACUUCAUUCUUUAAACUAGCCAGCCUAGCCUUUCUCUUCCAGACAUGCUUUAUGAAUCUUUGUUCAACAAUUACUUUAUCAUUAGGAUAACAUUAUCAGAUAUGGUUAACAUACUGCACAAACUGUUACACUUUGAAUGAAAAAAAAAUGUAUAGACAUUUGUGGAACAGAGUGGAAACAUGUCUGUGGAUUAAAAAAAAUAAAUAAAUAAUUGCUUAUGAUUUAACAUCUCAGCUAUGCAGAAAUGUCCGUAAUCAGAGAUUGAAAGCAGUAUCCCUUUAUUCAUUACCUUGUAGACUCAUUAGAGACCCAGUUGUCUUAGAUCUCUUGUAUCUAAUAGUUCUACAAAUACCAGAACCGGGACUCUUCACCAACAGAUAAAGAAAAUGCAGUGGAGAGACCAAUUCAUCACUCAGCACCUCCCACAUCUCUGGAACAGGAUACCUCACAGUUAAAGUAGUGUGAUACCCUGUUACUGGUCCAUUGCAACCUAGAUGAUUGGCUGGAUCCCUACAAAUCCUCCCUUGGCUGGACUGACAUACCCUUCCUUUAGAAAGGGGAUAUAGAUUAAGGGUGGAUACUGGCAAAGCAUAAAUGGUCAUAAGACUGGGUGUCAACGCAUAUGAAUUUGUACUCAUCCAAUAUACCUCCCACCAGCACAGGUACAGUACAUGAGCAAAUGUCAUGCAGCUCUUAUGAGAAGACUUGCUUUGUAGAACACAAAUAAUAUCACAAGCCAUACAGUAGUUAUGCACUGAUCUGUCAUCUCCCACCCCUGCUCACACACUCACACACAUACACACACACACACACACACACACACACACACACACACACACACACACACACACACACACACACACACACACACGCACACACAUCACCUGAGAUUGUUGAGUUUCAGACUAUUCACUUUCUCUCAGUCGUACUCAUUCUUUUUACAUAAUGCCUUAUGACAAAAAUAUUCAGUGACCAAGAUUCAUGGCAGUCUGUUAAACAUUGAUAGUAUAAAUUUUCACAUAUAUUUGUCGGCAAGAAGUAACCACAUUACAGUCCUGGCUGAGUGGGACUGUCAGUGUUCUUUACUUUAUUAAACACAUGGCAAAUGACUAGUUAAGCUACUACAUUUUUUCUCCUUUUUGCCUCCCAGUGCCUUAUCACUCUAGUUCUCCUCCUUGCCAAAUAAGUUCAUCCACCUUCCAUCUGACAGCACAGCUUACAAGUCCAUUUUUCACUCAGGGGAGGUGUGGGCCUAGCAUUGAGAGUUCUGCCCUCAUCCAUGUGGUCUAGGGAUUUUUUAUGGCCUUUAUCCCAACCUUGAUAUGCCUAGUUCUAUUCUAUGACUGGCUGGGCCUAGGAAACUAUGGCACGCACUACCCCUGACCCAUAAGGGAUGUGCGCAGUCCUUUUUAUCCUGCCUCCCAGCUGACAUCAACCUCCCUGAGUUGAACAUGUGUGUUUAAAAUGCAUCUAAGUUAAGAAAGACAACAGGGAAACAAAAUAUUUAAUGCAUCACUUGACCUCAACAUAAAGUAAAGCUCAAUGUUUAAUUAGGAAAGGAGAGAACAUUGAAGGCUAUCACACAGGUGAAAUAAUAUAAUGCUGGUGCAGCAAAUGGUAUAGAUAAAAAAACAUCCAUUUCAUGUGUAUUUUAGCUAUUUAGUAAGAUUUUCAUUGCAUACUGUCGUUACUAGUAUUUUUUCUGCAAAUCAGUGCCAUUCAGCUAAGUUUGCUUGUGAGCAGAAUAAUUACAUGUCUAUCGUAUUUCCAUCCUGGAUGGGUAGAUGGCAUCAGCCCCGUACAUUAUUUAUUUGAUAAUAUCAGUCCAGCCUUUUUUAUUAGUUUUCAAAAAACAUAUAAUUGUUAACUCUUUUUAGGGAUAAUAAAAAUUUGUCCAAAUGCAAAAGUUAUAAUUCUGAUGCAAAC